GCUCAAAUCGAUCCAUGUGGCUGGAGGAGCUACCCGCGGAGGUGCUAGAGGCUGUCGGCGGCUUCCUGGCAGGCUUUGACGCCUUCCAGCUAUCGCACACCAGUAGCUGGUGGUUCCGCUUGCUGUCGGACGGCCUGCUCUGGCACGAGCGUCUGGUACAUGGCGCUGUCCCGGAGAACCAGCAGCACUUGUUGCACACAUGGAAGCGGCGCUACAUGCAGGCGAGAUCCAUGAUGUUCCACGGCCUGGACACCAACGACAACGACGAGCUUGUGCGCGCUUCCUACGCCUGCGUCGAGUACCCGCCGCCGACGGACUGGGGACAGUUCCGUCGGAUGUACUUCGCGCUGAAGACCAUGCAUGAGGAGAGCUUCAGCUUCGACCUGUGGUUCUCUCUGCUGCCCAAGGACGAGACCAAGUACACGGGCGGGGUCAUCUUCGGGCUGCAGUCCGAGGAGCGGGACAGCCGGAACUGGCCGCAGUACCAUCAGCAGUUCGUCAUGGUGGACUCGAACAGCAACCUCUACUGUUCGGUGCUGGAUGUCAGGACGCCGGUGGCAAAGAAUCUGAAGUGCGAUCGAUGGUACCAUAUCGUUCUGACCUACGAUCUCGACCACCAGCGACAGAACGUCUACUUGGACGGAGAAAAGGUCUGGUCGAUGACGGGGGCUUUGCAUCGCGAGUGGCAGCACUUGCUGCACGAACAGGUCGGCUCGGGCUACGUCACGGCCGGCGGGGGCGACUUCCCGCACGGAGACUUUGUCGGCUGGUACGGCUUCCACGGGUUGCUGGACGAGUUUCGGUUCUACGGCGGCGUGCUGCCUCUGGACGAGGUUCGGCACCUGGCUCAAGGUGGGGAGCUGUCUCCCAAGCGGCUCAGCGGGACGCUCAAGUACCCGGGCAUUCGAGGCCCGCAGUCGCGUAUCAACGUGGAACUCGUGGCGUGCACGCGGCCGGCCGAGGGUAGACCCGUGGAGAUCGUCGCGAUCGAGCAGAGGCCGUCGUUCCCGCCGAAACCGUGCCGCCCUCGGGCCGUGUUCGCCUGA